GGGAAUCUCUUAAUCUAUGAGGAGGGAAGUCGUUUAUGAGCGGCGCUGGACUUUCAUUCAUAUGACAAUGUCGGUGUGGAUAUUACUACUCACUGUGGGUGUGUCUGGACUGUCCUGGGGUCAGCGGACUGAACCCAUGUUUGCCUCAGUAACCCAGAGUGUUUUCCCCCCGGACUAUGAGAAUAACCCCACGCAGCUCAACUACGGCGUGGCUGUAACUGACGUGGAUGGAGACGGAGAUCUGGAGAUGUUUGUCUCAGGCUACAAUGGCCCAAAUCUGGUGUUAAAGUACGACAAGUUUAAGAAGAGGCUUUUAAACAUUGCAGUUGACAACCGCAGUUCUCCAUAUUAUGCACUCAGAGAUCGACACGGCAAUGCCAUCGGAGUGACAGCAUGUGACAUAGAUGGUGAUGGCAGGGAGGAAAUUUAUGUCCUCAACACUAAUAAUGCCUUCUCAGGUAGAGCAACGUACACUGACAAGCUCUUUAAGUUUCGUAACGGACGGUUUGAGGAUCUCCUCAACGAUGACAUAAAUGAACACAGAGACGUUGCCAAUCGUGUGGCUGGCCGGUCAGUCGCAUGUGUGGACAGAAAGGGAACAGGUCGUUAUUCCAUCUACAUUGCCAAUUACGCCAGCGGGACUGUAGGUCCUCAUGCUCUGAUUGAAAUGGAUGAAAGUUCAAGUGACCUGUCCAAGGGAAUCAUUGCGCUAUCAAACGUGGCCGAACAGGCCGGAGUCAACAAGUUCACAGGGGGACGGGGGGUCGUGGUCGGUCCGAUCCUCAGUCAAACCUUACCUGAUAUAUUCUGUGACAAUGAGUACAGUCCUAACUUCCUGUUUCGCAACAACGGAGACGGUACUUUUACAGAAGUUGCGGCACAAUCGGGGGUGGAUGACCCAAUGCAGCAUGGCCGUGGAGUGGCGUUAGCCGAUUUUAAUCGAGAUGGGAAGACAGACAUCGUCUAUGGAAACUGGAAUGGGCCUCAUCGUCUGUUUCUACAGCUCAGCAACAAUCGCAAGCAAAGGUUUAAGGACAUUGCAACACAGAAGUUUUCCAUGCCAUCUCCUGUCCGCACCGUCAUCGUAGCUGACUUUGAUAAUGACAAUGAACUGGAGGUUUUUUUCAACAACAUUGCCUACAGAGGACCAUCAGCCAACAGACUCUUUAGAGUUUCUCGGAGAGAACACGGAGACCCACAGAUCGAGGAGCUGAACAUCGGGGAGGCUGCGGAACCAGAGGGACGGGGAACCGGAGCAGCUGUGACUGAUUUUGAUGGAGAUGGACAGCUGGAUCUUCUGGUGACACACGGGGAAAGUGCAGCUCAACCCAUUUCAUUGUAUCGAGUCACUCAGGGCUCAACUAAUAAAUGGCUCCGUGUGAUUCCACGCACACAGUUUGGGGCUUUUGCUCGUGGAGCAAAGGUGAUCGUCUACACCAAGAGAAACGGCCCUCACACACGCAUUAUAGACGGUGGAUCAGGGUACUUGUGCGAGAUGGAGCCAGUGGCUCACUUUGGACUAGGAAAAGAUGUGGCCACCAGUGUGGAAGUAUUCUGGCCAGAUGGACGUUCAGUGGCUAGACCUCUGGAGCCCAGUGAUAUGAACAAAGUAAUGGAGAUCUAUUACCCUGAGAAUGAGGAGGAGGUGACCCCAGUGCUGGAGAUCGAGUGUGGACCAGGAUUUGAGGUCAAUGAAAACAGCCGUUGCACUGACCGAGACGAGUGCACACAGUUCCCGUCUGUCUGUCCCUCUGAGCGCCCCAUCUGCACGAACACGUACGGGAGCUUCAAGUGCCGUGCAAACAAGAGGUGUAACCAGGGAUACGAGCCUAAUGAUGAAGGAACAGCAUGUGUUGCUCAGGUGGCCUAUUUCGGAGAAAACAGGUCCUCAGUCUCCAAACUCUUCGAAUCUCGUCUUUGGCCUCUACUAACUGUCUUCGCUAUCUUUAUUUCUUGCUUUGGGUUAUAAAGGGCUUUGCCUCCCCUCUCCUGACAUCUCUUCCACCCUGCUUGGUCUCCGAUUCUCUGCUUUCCUUUCAUUUUCGCAUUGAGGUGUUUGGACGUCAGCUGUAAACUGAACUCUUCAUGGAUCUAUCGCUCCUGCAUUGUUGUCACUAACAGACCUGUAUAAAUAAUGCUUUGCUUUCCAGUUGGGAACCACAAAAAAUCUCUGUUUUAGGACAGAACAAACAUUCUGACUCCAUCUAGAUUGAGGGAAACUCAGUGACCUUCAUGUCCGUCAACUAUGAUGUGGGAUACGAUUGUAAUUGUAGUGGUCUUUAUAAAAGGCCGUGUCCCAGGUUACUGGCACAUAAACAGGCGAUGAGUUCUAGUGCGUUAAGUCUCAUAUGGGCAGCAGCGUGUUUGCAGGUUUUUCAGGAGAGCAUAUGCUCGGCCAUCUGUUUCACGCAAGGUUACAUUCCUUGUUCUCUGAAUAAUACGUUCACGUGAGAUUUGUACCUUACACUUUUGACCCUCACCUGAACUCACAACCCGCAGAACCAUCGGGAUUGGUGCAUGUUUUUGGAAUGAAUGAGUGUCGCAAAACUCUUGUUUCAUUUAG